UCGAUAAUACUCCACUCUUCUUCUGUUUUUUGAUAUUCUCAUUCAAUACAGGACUUUAUUACCAGUGUUUUAAUGUCACGUCGCGAAAGACGCUUAACAAAAUGGAGCUAUCAAACAAACUCCGUUGGGACCAAUUCCUGAUUUUUGCAGCAGCACUUAUGUCACCUGCAUUAACGGUGCUGUGUAAUGAUAUUCUCAGCCUGAAGGUGGCAGGAGAUCCAGUGCUAACCCCUAACUCAGUGUGCCUGAGGCUGGCAGGCCUCAGCAAACGUCAGAUGAGGAUGUGUGUGAGGAGCCCUGAUGUGACGGCCUCCGCUUUGCAGGGCAUCCAGGUGGCCAUUCACGAAUGCCAGCACCAGCUCCGGGAUCAGCGCUGGAAUUGCUCCUCACUGGAGGGACUUGGCAAGCUUCCCCACCACAACACCAUCCUUAACAGGGGUUUUCGCGAGAGUGCUUUCUCCCUGGCCUUGUUGGCAGCGGGUGUGGCUCACUCUGUGGCCUCAGCCUGCAGCAUGGGCAAGCUGCGGGGGUGUGGGUGUGAGGCUAAGCGUCGCCAGGACGAUGACAAGAUCCGCCUGAAACUCACACAGCUGCAGCUGCAGACCCUGCAGAAGGGUGGAGUAGGCCUUGCCAUGUCACGAUCUCUACCCUCAGGGCUCAACGGUCACCAUGGCGACCUGCCCACUAACCUGCGCUCCACCCAUCCCUCGGCCCUGCUCAAGCCUAUACCAGAUGAGCUGAGCUCCAUGCAGGAGACGUGGGAAUGGGGGGGCUGCAGUCAUGACGUCCGUUUUGGGGACCGUUUUUCUAGGGACUGGCUGGACUCCCGCGGCUCUCCAAGAGACAUCCACGCUCGCAUGAGGAUACAUAACAACCGUGUGGGACGACAGAUAGUGAAUGACAACAUGAAGAGGAAGUGCAAAUGUCACGGGACAUCAGGGAGCUGUCAGUUUAAGACCUGCUGGCACGUGUCUCCAGAGUUUCGGCUUGUGGGUUCACUACUCAAGGAAAAGUUCUUGUCAGCCAUCUUUGUCAACUCCCAGAACAAGAACAAUGGGGUUUUCAACCCUCGAACUGGAAACAGCGCCAGCGGAAGCACAGGCGGACCCAACAGAGGUCGCCGACGAACCAUUUCCAGAGAGCUGGUCUUCUUUGAGAAGUCUCCUGACUUCUGUGAGCGUGAUGCGUCUGUAGACUCUCCAGGUACACAAGGACGCAUUUGCAACAAAACCAGCUACAGCACAGAUGGCUGCGGCUCGCUGUGCUGCGGCCGCGGACACAACAUCCUGAGACAGACACGUAGUGAGCGCUGCAACUGCAGGUUCCACUGGUGUUGCUACGUGCUGUGUGAGGAGUGUCGUCUCACAGAGUGGGUCAAUGUGUGCAAGUAGAUUCCACUUUUCCAAGUCCCAGAUGCCUUUACCUAUCCCAGACUCAAGAUGGUGAGCCCGUCCCCUCACCCACUCCUUUUGUUCGAGCCUUUGUUUCCCUCCUUGUGUAACUCUCCCAGAAGUCUGUUUAUCCCCCUUUCCUUUUUUUGGGUCCAUCAUCUGGGAUCUAUUUUCUCUUUGUAGCCGCUGUUAUUCUCAAUAUGCCAAGUCAGAGAUUGAAGAGGUGACUCAUGACAUUUGUCCUGCUAUGGUUGUUUAGACGCUGCCCUCUCAGCCAUGAAAACAGCAAAUACCCAAUCUUUUCUAUCCCACAAAACAAAGCAACAGGGAACAGCAAAUAAGCAUUUCUAUUUCAAUGUCUACUUGAUGACUCAUCACAUUGUACAAUAGAUGUGUAUUUUAAUGUGCACAUGUAUAUUUGUAAAUGUAUUAUUAUUAAUAUUAUUAUUGUGUUGUGCCUUUUUUUUGGGUUAUAGAUACUGACACACUUGUGCUAAGAGUGGUUUAAUGCCGUAAAACAAAGCAAUUCAUAUCACAUUUAACUGGGCUCUGCUGAUGAUGACCAAGAUCCAUCCAUCCGUUUUCAACCGCUUAUCCGGAGUCCGCAGAUUAAUCAGAUCUCCAAGAUAUUUACUCCAUUUGUAUGUCUUGCACCUGUGACUAAAACAGGGCAACAAUAAUUAUUUUGACUAAGUCAGAAAAUCUAGACAAGGGUUUUACUAAUGGAAGAAGACACGAAACAGGAUAUUGUUUUUGUGGUUUUUAAUGGACUGAUACAUCUGAGAGAUCUCAGGACUGAGAGAACACUGGUCAGACUCAAAGUGGCAAAGUCCUUAAAUUCCUUAGGCUAAACAACUAACACAUUUAGGUUAUCUACACCUUGGAACGUUAGAAAAUGUUCGCCAGUGGUCAUGUUUUUUCAUUAAUAUAGCUGUGAUAUGAUGUGUCAUUUUCACUAUGAAGUGAUGACAGAGCGCUUCUUAUUCUGUGCUUUCUUUUGUCAAUUUCAUCGUCUGGGUACUCCUUAGA